CGGUAUAAGUCAGUGGUGCAGUAUACGCGUUUAGGAGUGACCAGUUUAUUGUUGCAUCUCGGUAUUUGCUUAGUGUUCGUUUAUAUUUAUACGCAGUUGCGUCUUUCGUUUGUAAUAUAUUCUCUAUUUCGCGCGUGAUUCGUUUAAAAAAAAAAACGGUAGAACUCAUUAAAAUGGGCCGUUCAAGAUCCAGGACGAAAUCUCCUAGCAGGCGGCGUCAUAAGAGUAAGCAUUCGAGGAAACGUUCAAAGUCACGAGAGAAACACUCGAAUAACAAGUACUCUGACAAACCAAAAGAACGCAGUUCGAAGUCAAGGAAACGAUCGCAUUCUGCGUCUUCUAGUUCAGGAUCAGAUGUUUCGGACGAUGUGCACAUUGUCAGUCAUAAGAAACGUUCUUAUAGAGACAGGGAUCGUAAAAUGGACGAAGUAGAGAGGUUGGCAGAAAUGGAGCGACAAAGGAAAAAGAAAGAAUUAUCGAACAAAAUCUUCACCACGAGCGCAGUUGGAAGGCAACGCGAGGUGGAACAAAAAAUGGUAGAAGAAGAAGCAGCCAAACGUAUCGAAGAACUAGUGCAGAAAAGGGUGGAAGAAGAGUUAGAAAAACGUAAGGAAGAGAUAGAAGCCGAAGUACAAAGGAGAGUAGAAGAAGCUAAAAGGGCUAUGGAGCGUCAAAUGAUGGAGGAAAUGGAAUGGAGACAAGCAAAGCUUCGUGAGGAGGAGAAACGAAGAGAGGAGGAAGAGCGGAAGAAGCGCGAGGAACUAGAGAGGAUCAUGGAGGAAAACAACAGAAAAAUAGAAGAAGCUCAGAAGAAACUGGCUGAGGAAAGAUUGGCCAUGGUCGAACAGCAACGUUUGAUGGAAGAGGAAAGGCAGAGAAUGAGAAAAGAACAUGAGAAACGUGUUAAGGAGGAGCAAAAGAAAAUCCUCGGGAAGAACAACUCGAGGCCUAAAUUGUCCUUUACCCUAAAGCCAGUUACGUGAGUCUGUAUCAUUUCGAGCAGUUUUACAUGUGAUUUUUAUACAACUUGUCGAUAUUUGGGAUCAUUUGUAUUCCAAUGGAACAAUUUAAAAGCUGCGCGUACAUAGAGGUACAUCAAUUGAUGCAGCAACAAGAUCCAAAGCUCACGCAAAUCUAUACGAAACGAUCAUCGAAAUUUGGCAACGUUUGAAUUCGUUUGUUCGAUUAUGAUGGUCGAUACACGCGUCACAAUUGAAUAAUUAAUUCUACGCUUUGCCAGGUUUCGAUGUUCGAUACAGAUGGGAUCUUAAUCUUGUUCGAGAGACCAACACCCGUGCCAAAAUACAGACAAGCACCUUCUUCACGCCGGGACAUAAAUAGUACCAGUAUUCAUCCUGACAUAUGUUGAAAAUUAUCUUUCUUUUUUUUUUUUUAAAUACAUACAACGCGUUACCAAGCAGGUAUGCUUGAUCUGUUUCUGGCAGAAAGUGUGGUCUAGUCUAGUUAGGUACGUUUUACAGAUUGCAAAUGCAAUUUUCACGAUACUACCGUUUCUCUGUAAUUGUACUAUACAGAAAAUAAUUUUAUUUCAGUUAGAUAUAUUAAAGAAACACGAAUCGUAUUAAAAGUAUUCGUAUUUCGAGAUCUAUGGCAGUUGGUAACUUUGAGACGGUCAUAUUAUUAACACGACCAAGUAGAUUUUGUAAUUAAACGCAAAUGCAUAAAUGAAUUUUCUACCAAAAUAGAUAGUUAUGAGCAUCUGUAAUACGAAAUACACGAACCAGUUACGAGGCAAUAGUAAACGGAGAACUACUCUCUUUCUUUUGUUUCCUUUUUCUUUUUUAGAAUAUUAACCGAAAAUUAUUACGGAUCGUUCAUACAUUACAGAACUCGUUUGAAUAAGAACAAGAUAAAAUAUUCUUUUUUAAUCGAAACCAAAGUAACAAAUGGUAUAAAAGAAAAUGACACGUUAAAUGGAUCAUUUUGUACGUGUAAAAACGUAUGAAUGCAACCGUGAACGAGUAUGUCUUGUAUGCAAUCGUGUAUAGAUGUGUAUCAAUAUAACGAAAAAAAACACUUGUUCGUAUAGGAUUGUAUACUCGCAACAUUGUUACUUGUAAAAUAAACAUGUUUUUAUUACA